AUGCUGCUGACACCCCAAGGAAAGGCUGCCUCAAGGAAGAGGACGGAACUGAGUGGCUGGAAACGAUUCACAAGAAAGCCGAGUCCCAAGCCUACCCUUAAUCCUGACAAUGUGGAACAGUGGGUGAAGAGAGUGGAGAGAGCCUCAGAAUUGGCAGUUUCGAAACCAUUUUCUGCUGGAAAUUCAGUUUUACCCAGAAGACUUUGGGGUCAAGUCAUCAAUUUGGAAGCAUCAGCACAAAUAGAGGAUUAUGAGGAAGCCUAUGAAGAAGCUCAGGAACUGGUCAGUGAUUGGCUGGACACCAAACUUAAGCAAGAACUAGCAUGUGAUGCUGCAGACAUGGUGUCAAGGGUGACUCCCAUGCAGGAAGCCGUGGGCCUUUUGAAAUAUGACAAGUUUGAUGACUUGUGUGACUAUUUGGGGGAAGAAGAGGAAAGUACCUCAGUUCAAAAAUUUAUGGACCAUCUGCUCCAUAAGGAUGUGGUGGGUUCUGGGAUUUUGGAUGAUCUUGGACUGCAGGAAUAUCAAGACCCGCGGCAGCAGAAGGACCCUCGUCUUACCAUGGAGAUGAGACAUAAGCAGGUGAAAGAAAAUCGCUUACGACGUGAGAAAGAACUAGCGCGCCAGAAAAUGGAAAAGGCCCUGCAAAAAUCGGCUUUCUUAGAGGCUCAGUGUCUGGUACAAGAAGAGAAGAAAAGGAAGGCUCUGGAGGCCAAGAAAGAGGAGGAGGAGAUCCAAAGGGAGAUGGUAAAGCUGCGGAGGGAGAUCCUUGAGAGGAGACGCACUGUGGAAGAAGCAUGGAAAAUAGAGAAGAAAAGGCAAGAAGAGAGUUCUCAGAGGAAGCCAGAAAAAGACAUUCUUGAGAGUGCCCAUAAUCCUCUGGAUGAAGUACAAAUGGCAAAAGAACGAAAAAGGAAACUAAAAGAAUUAUUAAUCCAAAUUUCUAAGGAAAAUCACCAGUGUCAAAAACGGUAUUUCUCUGCCUGGCACCAGCUGAUCCUUGAUCAUAGGAUUAAACUGGGGAAAGCUGGUACCCUGUCCGACUGGAAGUUUCAGCUAAAGGUCCUACGAGCCUGGAGAGACUACACAAGGGCCCAGAAGUUGGAACGGGAGACUCAAGCCAUGGAAAACGAUCUUAGGGAAGAAAACAGGAAACAACAACUGGCCACUGACUAUUACCGGAAGCAAGUCCUCCAACACUGCUUUGCAGCAUGGCAGCAUUGGCAUUGUGCAGAGAUCCGGAAAAGAGAGCUGGCCACGACAAAAGAAGAAACCAGAAGAAGAAUGGAUGAGCUGCUGAGAGCCGCAUCCCUAGGGAAGCUCCGUGCAAAUGAGCCGGCAGGUCCACGUAGUCUGCGGGAGGAGGCAGCAGCUGCUGUGGACCGGUCCCUAAGAGAUGGAGAGGUGCCUGUACUCAAACAGCCCGCCUUGUGCGAAAAGCCCCCUGUGGAGGACAAGGAUCGCAUGGCCGGCCCUCCUCCAGGAAGACCUACAGAGAGCACCUUGCAAGUUCCCUUCCAGAACACCCCUGGAAACACACCCGACAAGACACAGCCCAAGACCGUGGCCGCAGAGCCCUCCCCACAGCCUGGCAGGAGCCCGCAGCUCGGAACCACCGGCCAGAAAGCAGAGCCCAUGUGCAUGGGCCAUUUCCACCACCGCCACGUCUUCCAGCAACAGCUAAUUGAGAAGCAAAAGAAGAAGCUCCAGGAACAGCAGACAAUCAUCCUCCAGCUGCAGGAAAGCCAGCGGCUGGCAGAGGCCCGGUGGGCAGCAGAGCGUGCCGCCGCACCCACGGUGGUGCAGGGCCGCAUGCUGGCGAGUCCCAGAGAGGAGAAGGAACCAAAACGGAGGAGCCCCAUGCUGCUUAGUUCACCUGCUGCUUCCCCUGGGUCUGAGGGCAGUAGGCGUGACUCUGGCAAUUCUCUUUCUGGACGCCGACGGAACCCGAGGCAGCCGGCGGCACCCCAUCCCAUACUGAAAGCCAUGGAAGAGAGAGCGAUUCAGCGAGCUGAACGUAGGUGGAUCUUGGCAGAGAAGAAGAGAACACAAGAAGAGGAGAAACUGGCCCGGUUCAAGGCCCAAGAGGAGGAGCGUCAGAAGCGGGAGGCAGAGGAAAAGGAGGCUCAGCUGGAGAGAAAGCGUGAAGAAAAGAGGCUGAAGGAAAUGAAAGAACGAGAGAAGCAAAAGAGAAUUGCGAGGAACCAGCAGUUGGAGGCAACAGCAAAAGAACAUUAUGAAAGGGUGGUGCUGAGGAAAAAAGGUCUGGAGCCUUGGAAGAGACUGAGACUGCAAAGCAAACACAACAUUCAGGUGGCCACAGAACAUUACUCUUUGGCCGUACAAAGGAAAUACCUGCUGGCCUGGUUCCAGUGCAUUCAGGACAAUCUGGCUAAAAAGGCAGCCCGGGCUGAUCGGCUUUAUUCCCAGAUCCUGCUCAGGAGAGGCAUCCGGAGCUGGCAACAGUACCUGGCCGAUCUCAAGGAAGAAGCCAGGACACGUUACGUGCAUCUUCUCCAGAAGAAGAUGUUCAAGGCCUGGCUCACCGUGGCCAGGGAGGCCACGGCGGAAUCCCAGAGCAAGUGCGUGAUGGCGCUGCAGCACAGGGACAGGAGGAUCUCCAGGACCACAUUUCAGACAUGGAAGCAAGCCGCAAGAUCCAUGCAAGAGGAGCGGCUGAAGGAACUGAGGAGAGAGCAACUCCGGAGGAAGGUAGCUGAACUUCUUCCCGACUUCCAGGCCCCUCGGUGAAGGAGCUGCACCCCCUGCCGGACGGACAGAUGCUCUGCCCUGUGUGAGGAGUGUGUGUUGUGCCGGUGACCUCCGCCCUGCACAGCGGCUGGGACUCACAAUGGGUCCAUAAAGCACUGUGCGUUAUUGCCACGAGCCCACCUACGUACAGAUAUAUACUCGGUGUGUUUCCUGUCAGCCACUUCUUGAAUCAAAAGUUAAGUUACUUUGGAGAUUUCUAUUUCCAUGUUUGAUUUCUAGACGGGGUCACUUGAAAUAACAGUCUGGAUCGCCACUGUUCAAAUUCAUCCCGUUUAUUUUUUAACAUGAUCAACUUUAAAAAGAACAAGUGAGCCCGCCGAAGGCUGUGAAGGGAAAUAUGGAGGAGCCCUUAAAGCAUAACGUGCGUUGUUGAGCAGUGAGCCUCUGGUGGAACGGCAGUGAAGAGCGAGGAUCCUCUGAGCAGGCGGCUGCGGAGGUCAGUGUUGUAGGGCAGGCAUCCUACCAGACGGCCCCCGCUGGUGACUGGUGACGGGACUCGGUGUUUUCCAAGGGGCUCCUGAGCAGCUGCUACAGAGCAGCAGCCGAACCGGAUGUUAAGAACCCGGGACACCAAAGAGCCUUCUUGAGAAGCAGGUGGGUCUGAUUCCAAAGCUAUUGCCUGGACAAGGUCGCCCAGCACCCAACAGAAAUGUCUGUUCACGCUCCCGGCUGUAGUUUCUACAGCAGACACUCCUCGCUGGUCUUCUAGCCCUUGCCUUUGAGUUAGCGCGUGAAAACAUACAGGUGAUCAAGUCAAAGAAUGGUUUCAUCUCCAAGAUGCUAUGGAGUAUAAAAAAGAUUGGUAAAAUGCUCUCGUCUGGGAACUUAGCCUUGCUAGGAAAAGAAAUGUGUAACAAGAUCCAUGUUUGUUGUGACCCUUUCUCAUAGUCUAGUCAUAUAGUCAAAUGCAUGCACACAGGAAACAAGAGUCCCUGCUAGCCUGAGGCAACUCCUAUUUGGCGUGAUGAAAACUUGAGUUGGUAAAAUAAAUUCCUGUGGUUGUUUCCUUUCAUGGUAA